AUGGAUUGCUGGGAGCUCCUGCUGGUAACCUGGAUCACCUGCUUCUUCAGUCUUCCCAGUGAUGGCUUAUAUAGGAUUCCCCUCAAGAAAAUGGCCUCACCCAAAGAGACCAUGAAGUUGAAUCGCAAGCUCAUAGGGAAGUUGAACCGGGAAGACAACUCCUUGAAUAAUAAAGUAUUCUCUGCUGUUCUUACCAAUUAUAAGGAUACCCAUUAUUAUGGUGAUAUCAGUAUUGGCAGCUCACCCCAAACCUUCAAAGUCGUUUUUGACACUGGCUCUUCUGACUUCUGGGUGCCCUCCAUCCAAUGUAGCCCAUUCAACAAAGUGUGUGAUUGUCAUCUGCCCUCCAGGAGUUCAGGGCAGAAAGCUGGAGAGCUGAUACUCGGAGGCAGUGACCCCAACUAUUACAAAGGGACCUUCCACUACAUCAAGACCAGCCACCCAGACUUCUGGCAGAUCCACAUGCAAGGAGUAGCUGUCAAGUCUCAGGUGGUGUCCUGCGACAAGGAUUGCAAUGCAGUGGUGGACACAGGAACAACCUUCAUCACAGGCCCAUCUGAUCCCAUAGGGGCACUGAUGAAGGCAAUUGGAGCUAUGGAACAGAAGCAAGAGUAUCUUGUAAAAUGUGACUCAGCAUCCACCCUCCUGAAUAUCUCCUUCAACUUUGAUGGCAAGAACUUCACUCUCCAAGGUUCUGACUAUGUCUUAGAGAACAAGAACAGCAGCGAUCCGAUGUGCCUGGUGGCCUUCCAUGGCAAGGAUGUAGCUAAACCAAUAGGACCUGUGUGGGUGCUGGGAGCAACCUUCAUCCAAAAGUUCUACACGGAAUUUGACCGGCAUGACAAUCGCAUUGGUUUUGCCUUGGCAGCUUGA